AUGGCAACAACAGCAGCUCUUAUCACUAAACAACAGAGCCUAGGAAAGUUCACAAGUGGUCUUCAGGGUGGAGUUCACAUUAUCAAAAUUAAUCAGGCUGAAGAGAUAGCUGGGAAGAUGCUUGGGCAGACUCUUGUCACUAAACAAACAGACCUCCAAGGCAAAGAUGACACCAAGGUUUACCUGCGUGAAAAGAUUCAAGAGUCAGUCCUGGGAAUCCUGCACAACAAGGUUGAUCAGCUCAAACGUAUGGAUCCCGUGAUACUUAGUAGUGUUAUGAAGUUCUUGGAUGGUUAUACAGCUUCCGAAUCAGAUACAAUUGGAUUGCUUGCGAAGCGCCUGCCGGAACUUUUCAUAGAUAAAAUUGACAUGUCUGCUCGGCUUUUUAAUUCCCUGAAAUUAGAGUCUCCAUCAAUUCGUCUAAUUGUUCAAGAAGCAACCAACUCUCUUGCUGUUGCAUAUAAAGAUGCACCAAUAACAUGUAUGAUGGGGUUUUACUUUCAGCAGCUGGUGACUAACAUGGCUGCUCAAUCUUCAUCCGUUUCAGAGAUGGAUGUAAAUCUCCUGAAGUUUCACAAUACUGAUAUGUAUCCUCUAAAUACUGAACCUGCAAGACCAUCAGGACUGAGAUUGCCCUCACCAUCACUGCAUUUUUUUGACUAG